AUGAUGAAUCGGAGAUUUUCAGGCGAGCCGUCAAAGGUUCGCAAGCGAGGCCGGCCACCGGGGUCUCGGAGCAAGAAAUCGCGCUACGAGUCAAAGAGAGACAGCCUGCGGCAGGAUGUGAACAUUGAACGCGAGAUCUUCAUGUACCAGCAAACGACAGACCUCCUGGUCAAGAAGAUUCCCUUUUACAGAGUGGUUCGCCAGGUCAUGAUGGAGACGUACGGCGAGAACUUCGACUUCAAUUGGGAAUCAACAGCGCUGCUGGCGCUGCAGGAGGCCUCAGAGUGGUACAUCUGUGGGCUUUUUGAGCACGCCAACCUCUGCUGUCUCCAUGCCAAGCGCGUCACCAUCAUGCCUAGUGACAUGCAUUUGGCGCUGCAGAUUCGAGGCAGGGAGUUUUAA